AAAAUGUCGAUUAAAUACCUUAAGAACGUUGUAUGUACAUCAGCAAACUGAUUUAAGGCUCGAAAAAACUCUUAUAGAUGAAUUGAAGAAAUAUUGUUUUGCACAAAGUCUGGGAUGCAGGGGUACAACAGUAAUAAAAACGGAUUCAAAGAUUUUGGUCAACUUAGCAAAUUUUAGUUAUACAUUUACGCCUUCUUCGACCUUGGAUCUGUAUCUUACGCAAACGCAAGGUUCAUUUCGAAGACGCCACUAUUUUGCCUCUACGAGUCGGUUUUUUGUUUGUACGACUCUGACAGUAAAUUAACGAUCGAAUAUAAUACAUAGAUGUCAAACUUGGCCAGGUCAUUGUUUAAAUACCAAUUGAAAGCAAUUGGUAGGCUACAUACGCCAGAAUUCCGGGUUUAUUGUAUGAAGGAAGGGAAACCUGUUUCAUAUUUACAUGAUGUUCCUAUUGCCUCGGACGAGAAGACUUUCAACAUGAUUGUUGAGAUACCCCGUUGGACGCAGGCAAAAUGUGAGAUUGCUAUCCAUGAUCCCCUUCAGCCAAUACGUUAUGACAUGAAGAAUGAUAAAAUUAGAUACGUUCCAAACUGUUUCCCAUUCCAUGGCUACAUAUGGAAUUAUGGCGUCUUUCCCCAAAGUUGGGAAAACCAAAAGGAAAGAGAUCAAUUCACCGGCCUCGUAGGAGACGGUGAUCCUCUGGAUGUCUGCGACAUAGGUGGCUCGAAAGGAAAAACGGGUCAAAUCAAGCAAGUUAAGCUGCUGGGUGCAUUGGCUCUCAUUGAUCAAGGAGAAACCGAUUGGAAAAUUAUUGUCAUUGAUACCCAAGAUCCCCUAGCUGAGAAGAUGAAUGAUAUUCAAGAUGCUAAGAGGUACAUGCCGGGAUUGCUCGAAAGUACUAAAAAAUGGUUCUCUAUUUACAAAGUACCGGAUGGAAAGCCAAAAAACCAUUUCGCUUUAAACGGCCAGUUUUUGAAUCAAGCAGACACUCUUCAGCUCGUAAAACGAUGCCAUGAAUCAUGGAGAACAUCAAAGCUGCGACAGGAGCGAGUUUCUGAGCGGAAUGAGCAGGCGACGAAGGACCUGGCUCAGUCAAUUAUCAAGGCACCCGAAACGUUUAUGCCAGACUUCAAUUACCCAUCGCAGCCCUACUGCUAUGUCUAACGAACUUACUAAUAUGAAAACUACUUACGAAAUGCUUUCGCCCGCAGAGCGCAUCACACUUCCCUCAAACCCCUCCCAAUCGUAAAG